GCUGAACACCACCGUCGCACCCCUCUUCUUUGCAGACCAGUUCCUGCAGAUCUCCACGUCUCUGCCCUCCCAUUUCAUCUCUGGGCUGGGGGAGCACCUGACAUCACUGGUCCUUGACACAGCAUGGACCAGGGUCACCCUCUGGAAUCGGGACAUGGCACCCACGCCCCAGGUCAACCUCUACGGCUCCCACCCUUUUUACCUGGUGAUGGAGGAUGACGGUUCAGCCCACGGUGUCUUUCUGCUGAACAGCAAUGCGAUGGACGUGCUCCUGCAGCCCAGCCCGGCCCUGACCUGGCGCACGACGGGUGGGAUCCUGGACUUCUACAUCUUCCUGGGCCCUGACCCCAAGAGUGUGGUGCGGCAGUACCUGGAUGUCGUGGGGUUCCCCUUCAUGCCCCCAUACUGGGGCCUUGGCUUCCACCUCUGCCGCUGGGGCUACUCCUCCACCGACAUCACCCGGCAGGUCGUGGCCAACAUGACAGCACGNNUCCAUCCACAGGACGUGCAGUGGAAUGACCUGGAUUAUGCGGAUGCCAAGAGGGAUUUCACCUACAACAAGCAAAGCUUUAAGGACUACCCAGAGAUGGUGCAUGACUUCCACCGCCGUGGGCUGAGGUACAUCAUGAUCGUGGAUGCUGGGAUCAGCAGCUCGGGGCCCCCUGGCACCUACAAGCCCUACGACGAGGGACUGAAGCGAGGGGUGUUCAUCCGAAACGCCACGGGGCAGCCCCUGAUCGGGAAGGUCUGGCCAGGCCCGACAGUCUUCCCGGACUUUACCAACCCAGAGACUCAUGAGUGGUGGCACGACAUGGUGAAGGACUUCCAUGACCGAGUGCCCUUCGAUGGCAUGUGGCCGGCAUCCUCUCCUUUUCCUCCUCAGGACAUGAAUGAGCCAUCAAACUUCGUGGAGGGUUCCCAGGAUGGCUGUCCCAACAACAACCUGGAGCAGCCUCCCUAUGUGCCAGGUGUGUUUGGGGGUCGCCUGCAAGCCGGGACCAUCUGUGCCUCCAGCCAGCAGUACCUGUCCUCCCACUAGCCCAGCCUGUACGGGCUGACUGAGGCCAUCGCCUCCCACAAUGCACUGCUGAGGGUCAGGGGCAAACGCCCCUUCAUCAUCUCACGCUCCACGUUCGCUGGGCACGGGCACUACGCCGGGCACUGGACAGGGGACGUCGGCAGCAACUGGGAGCAGCUCUACUACUCUGUACCAGAGGUGCUGCUCUUCAACCUCUUUGGGGUGCCACUGGUGGGUGCUGACAUCUGUGGCUUCAUGGGCGACACGUCCGAGGAGCUGUGUGUGCGCUGGACCCAGCUGGGCACCUUCUACCCCUUCAUGAGGAACCACAACGACCAUGGCAGGAGGCCACAGGAGCCAUAUGCCUUCAGCCCAGCUGCCCAGGCUGCCAUGAGGAAUGCCCUGCGUCUCCGCUACUCCCUCCUGCCCUUCCUCUACACCCUCUUCCACCGUGCUCACAGCUCCGGGGAGACAGUGGCACGGCCCCUCUUCCUCGAGUUCCCCAAGGACCCCAACACGUGGGCUGUGGACCGCCAGCUGCUGUGGGGCGGGGGGCUGCUCAUCACCCCCGUGCUGGAGGCAGGAAAGACCACAGUCAGCGGCUACAUCCCACAGGGGUGGGUGCUCCCUGCUGCACUGCAGGGCUGUGCCAUGGGACCCCACGUGCAUUCCUGGGACUCCACUAUCCACAGCAAAGGGCAGUGGAUCCUCCUGCCAGCACCUCUGGACACCAUCAACGUCCAUGUCCGCGCAGGGUACAUUCUGCCCCUGCAGGAGCCUGCGUUCAGCACUGCCCAGUCCCGCAGGAAGGGGAUGGCCUUGGUCGUGGCACUGACCCCGGACGGCUUCGCCCGGGGAGAGCUGUUCUGGGACGAUGGGGAGAGCUGGGAGACCUUUGAGAGGGGAGACUACACUGAGAUCCUCUUCCUGGCCACGCACGAUGCUGUGCUCAGCCAGCUGCUGCGGGCCAGUGCCCACCUGGACGGGGUCCUGCUGCAGGCUGUGACUGUGCUGGGUGUCACCAGCCCUCCCCGGCAAGUCCUGGCCAACGGUGCCAUCGUGAGUGACUUCUCCUACCGCAGUGACACCCAGGUGCUGAGAGUCCCUGUGUCAUUGCCAAUGUGGGAGCAGUUUGUGAUCUCUUGGUCCUGA